CACAUCCGUCAUAACCAACCGCCUCUCGUCUCCUGUGACUCUUCCAUCACCACACCUAGCUCUGCUUGUGUUUCAGAGGCCUUGCAUCGCACGUAUCCGGGCGAAACAGCAGAUGCGCAUGCGUAACGAUGCUGCGAACCCAACUUUGCCGAUGCAGUAAACGCCUCACCUCUAGCAGCCCCGCCGCUGUUAGAGCCUUCGCCAACCUCAGCCAUGCACCUCAGACAGCCUUAGUGGCGAAGAGGAGACAGCUGGGUAUCACAUCAUACAACGCAUUCACUUCGCACUUCCGAAGCUAUGCAGUGGCCGCAGAGGAGACGAGCAAGGGUGUCGACCCUUCCGAUUCCUUCCUGUCCGGCAACACGGCCAACUAUGUCGACGAGAUGUACAUGGCCUGGAAGCACGACCCCUCGUCCGUUCACGUGUCAUGGCAGGCCUACUUCCGCAACAUGGAGAGCGGCGAAAUGCCCAUGAGCCGGGCCUUCACCCCUCCACCUACCAUUGUACCGCAAGUAGGUGGCGCAACACUUCCUGCAGGCACUGGCGUCGGCGUGGCUACCGGAGAGGGCAGCGAUGUCAUGAGCCACUUGAAGGUGCAGCUUCUCGUACGGGCGUACCAGGCGCGAGGUCACCACAAGGCCAAUAUUGAUCCGCUUGGCAUCCGCAACCAGUCACAGCACUUCCCACAUAGCAACCCCAAAGAGCUUGAUGUGAAACGCUAUGACUUCAGCGAGGAGGACAUGAACAAAGAAUUUGAGCUUGGUCCGGGUAUCCUGCCACGUUUCAGGACGGAGAAGCGGACGAAGAUGACUCUACGGGAAAUCAUCGAUGCGUGCGAGACGAUUUAUUGCGGACCGAUUGGUAUUGAGUACAUUCACAUUCCGGACAGAGAACAGUGUGACUGGAUUCGGCAACGUGUGGAGGUGCCGGCACCCUACAGAUACUCCGUGGAUGAGAAGCGUCGUAUUCUGGACCGUCUCAUCUGGUCGUCCUCCUUCGAGAGCUUCCUCGCCACCAAAUACCCUAACGACAAGCGUUUUGGUCUCGAGGGUGGUGAAUCGCUCAUUCCCGGCAUGAAGGCGAUGAUCGACCGCUCUGUCGAUUAUGGCGUCAAGGACAUUGUCAUUGGCAUGCCGCACAGAGGUCGGUUGAACGUACUCUCCAACGUUGUCCGGAAGCCCAACGAGUCCAUCUUUUCCGAGUUUGGUGGCUCAGCUGAGCCUUCCGACGAGGGCUCCGGUGAUGUCAAGUACCAUCUGGGUAUGAACUUCGAGAGGCCAACGCCCUCCGGCAAGCGUGUUCAGUUGUCCCUGGUCGCCAACCCUUCGCAUCUGGAGGCUGAAGAUCCUGUUGUGCUAGGCAAGACACGCGCCAUUCUGCACUACAACGCUGACGAGACGGAUGCGACAUCUGCUAUGGGGGUGCUGCUUCACGGUGACGCUGCGUUUGCCGCUCAAGGCAUUGUAUACGAGACUAUGGGCAUGGCUGCUCUACCGGCCUACCACACCGGAGGGACGAUACACAUUAUCGUCAACAACCAGAUCGGCUUCACAACCGAUCCGCGCUUUGCCCGCUCUACGCCGUACUGUUCCGACAUUGCAAAGUUCGUCGAUGCACCCAUCUUCCACGUUAACGGAGACGAUGUGGAGGCUGUCAAUUAUGCAUGUCAGCUGGCCGCUGACUGGCGCGCGGAGUUCAAGAAGGAUGUUGUGAUCGACAUGGUCUGCUACCGAAGACAGGGCCACAACGAGACCGACCAGCCAUCCUUCACCCAGCCCCUGAUGUACAAGCGCAUCAAUGAGCAGCCACCCGUAAUCGACAAGUACACCAAACAACUUCUCGACAACCAUACGUUUACGAAGGAGGAUAUUGACGAGCACAAGAAGUGGGUCUGGGGUAUGCUCGAGGAGUCUUUCACGCGCUCAAAGGAUUAUCAGCCGACUGCCAAGGAAUGGUUGACCAGCGCUUGGAACGGCUUUAAGUCACCCAAAGAGCUUGCUACGGAGGUCCUGCCUCAUCUGCCUACUGCGGUCGACGCUGAGCAACUCAAGCACAUCGGCAAGGUCAUCGGUGAGCCUCCCGAGGGCUUCAAUGUGCACAAGAACCUUAAGCGUAUCUUAGCCAAUCGGACCAAGACGGUCGAGGAGGGCAAGAACAUCGACAUGUCUACCGGUGAGGCUUUGGCAUUCGGCACGCUUUGCUCUGAAGGUCACCACGUCCGGGUGUCUGGCCAAGACGUCGAGCGUGGUACCUUCUCUCAGCGCCACGCCGUACUGCAUGAUCAGGAGUCCGAAGCGACCUACACUCCACUCAAGCACGUCAGUAAGGACCAGGGCUCCUUCGUCAUCUCCAACUCUAGUCUGAGCGAGUUCGGAACCCUGGGCUUUGAGUACGGCUACUCCUUAUCCUCACCUUCUGCACUGGUCAUCUGGGAAGCGCAGUUCGGUGACUUUGCCAACAACGCGCAAUGUAUCAUUGACCAGUUCAUCGCUUCCGGCGAAGUCAAGUGGCUGCAACGCUCCGGCCUCGUCAUGAAUCUUCCCCACGGCUACGACGGUCAAGGUCCCGAGCACAGUUCUGGCCGCAUGGAGCGUUUCCUGCAGCUCUGCAACGAAGACCCACGCAUCUUUCCAUCACCGGAGAAGCUCGAUCGUCAGCACCAGGACUGCAACAUGCAGAUUGUUAACUGCACCACACCUUCCAACAGCUUCCACAUCUUCCGCCGACAGAUGAACCGCCAAUUCCGAAAGCCUCUCAUCUCCUUUUUCAGCAAGAAUUUAUUGCGGCACCCGCUCGCACGCUCCAACAUUGACGAAUUUACCGGAGAGAGCCACUUCCAAUGGAUUAUUCCAGACCCAGCUCAUGACGGCAGCUUGGCAGGCUACGACUUCCGUAUCAAUCCUCAUGAAGAGAUCAAGCGCGUCAUCCUCUGCACUGGACAAGUGUUCACGGCCCUCUUCAAGUACCGUGCGCAGAACAACCUCAAGGACGCCGCCAUCACGCGUAUCGAGCAGCUGCACCCAUUCCCGUGGGCCCAGCUACAAGAGAACCUAGAUAGCUACCCGAACGCGGAAACGAUCGUCUACUGUCAGGAAGAGCCGCUCAAUGCGGGUGGUUGGAGUUUCGCACAACCGAGAAUUGAGACGCUCCUGAAUCAUACUAAGCACCAUCACCGCAAGCACGUGAUGUAUGCAGGUCGUGGGCCAAGUGCGAGUGUGGCAACUGGCCUGAAGAGUACUCAUCUGAAGGAGGAACAGGAGCUUUUGGACACCGCGUGGAGGGUUAAGCAAGACAAACUGAAAGGGGCUUAGGGAGCUAAUUAGCGUAGAAUGCAGUGGGUUGGAAAGUGGGCUGCGUGGGCGGUUGCGGUCUGGGCCCCUAUGGUGUAUAUACUAUUGAUGGCUGUGUAGUCUGUGUGCUCUAUUGCAUGGCGUAAAUGAUUUUGAAUACCUGCACCAGGUUUCGGAUUCCAUUGCUUCGAAGCCCGAAAAUUGACGCUGUACUGAGUGAUGGGUUUCAAUACUCCGCCUUUACCAUAGGGAUUGGGGUCAGGUCAACGGCUUCCGCCUAGCGAAUCGAGUCGCGGUCGAGGGGCAUACUGGACACGUGUUACGGCCAGCUAAUCGAAGUAAGAUAAUGAGAAUGGUACUAGCUGUGCGUAAAACAUUUUUGCAUUAUGUUUCUAUAUUGACGUAAUCUAUACUCGAA